GGCCAUGGCCAAAAGGCAAUGCAAGAAACAAGGGAAAAAGUGAAAGCAGGUUGUGUUGGUUGGCAAGGUAAUAAUAAGCUUGAAAAGCAUAUGCCUCUCUCUCUCUCUCCACAGUUACACCACCUAUAGAUCAAUCACUGUACAGUAGUGUACAUAGGCCUCUUCCCAAGAAGACAAAAUAAACUUCAAAAUAAAGAAACCCCAAAAAAAUUAGGAGAAAAUAAUGAGUACCCAUUUUGUUACAAGGUUCAAAGCUCUUGUCUUUCUCUCUCUUCAUCAACCUCAUUGUGGUUAUGGGGAUGGAUUAUGAUUGAGUGAACUAGACAAAAGCUUAGCUAAGUCAUCAGGACAUAUCCCCUUUUCAUUCCCCACACUCUACUGUCAGUCAACAUUAUGCAUUUUUUUUCUCUCUGAGUUUACUUUUCUUUCUUUGUUGUUUUCCCAUCAAUUUCAUAUCUUAUGAGAGUUAUUUGGUGAAUGGGGUUGCAAGAUUUCUUGUUGAAUACAGUAAAAAACUGAUCUUUCUUGUUUUUUUCUAUCAAGAAAAUGUGGGGAGCUGAAAGAAAACAGAGAUUCAAGAAAGGAAUAGAGUGAAAAAUCAAAUCUUUUUUCUCCCCUCUUGCAUUUUCUUGCAUUUUAAUAGGCUGCUACAUUCAAUCAGCACAAUGAGGAAGCAUGGAUGGCAACUUCCCUAUCAUCCUCUCCAGGUGGUAGCUGUUGCUGUGUUUCUGGCACUGGGAUUUGCUUUCUAUGUCUUCUUUGCACCUUUUGUGGGAAAGAAAUUGUUUCAGUAUAUUGUGAUGGGGCUUUAUACUCCUCUUAUAAUUAGUGCAUUUGGCUUGUAUAUCUGGUGUGCUGCUGCUGAUCCUGCUGAUCCAGGAGUUUUUAAAUCCAAGAAGUAUAUUAAGAAGCUAGACCACAAAAAGCAAGUUCAACUUAAAGAAUCUAAAUUAGGGUGCGAGACGAAUUCUUCUAUACAAGAUGCUAAUGCUGCAUCGAUUGGGGAAAAUGCAUCUGGAAAAAGCAAUAAAGGAGCUGAACCAGCUGCAGAUCACAAUGAAACUGAACAGAAAAUUACAGCUACUCGUCAAAGAUCUUUCUCUUCCGGAUUGUUGGCUCUACUACCUUGUGCUCUUAUCAGCAACUGCACAGGCAGACAUGAGGAGUCUUCUCAGCAACAGUUGAGUGAAGAUGGCAUGUUCUACUGCAGUUUGUGUGAAGUAGAGGUAUUUAAAUACAGCAAGCAUUGCAGAGUAUGUGACAAGUGCGUCGAUCAGUUUGACCAUCAUUGCAGGUGGAUAAACAACUGUAUAGGGAAAAGGAACUAUCGCAAGUUCUUUGCGCUCAUGGUUUCUGCCCUCCUGCUGCUUAUACUUCAGUGGUCAACUGGAAUUCUUGUACUAAUCUGCUGCUUUAUCGAGAAGAAGAAAUUUUCUGCGGAAAUCACCUCCAAAUUAGGAAGCAGUUUCUCCAUUGUUCCUUUUGUUAUUGUAGUGGCUGUCUGUACCAUCUUGGCCAUGAUAGCAACCCUGCCACUAGCUCAACUUUUCUUCUUUCACAUACUUCUCAUAAAGAAGGGAAUUAGCACCUAUGACUACAUCAUUGCUCUCAGAGAUCAAGAGCAACAAGGAGUUGCAGGUCAGCAAAGUCCUCAAAUGUCUACUGUUAGCUCCCUAACUGGAUUAAGCAGUGCAAGCUCCUUCAAUACUUUCCAUCGAGCAGCAUGGUGCACACCACCUCGCCUUUUUGUUGAGGAUCAGUAUGAUGUAGUUCCUCCUGAUACAGUAUCGGUCAGUUCACUUGGGAAAAGGUCAAUGGCGGAGGAACCUAUCAAGAAAAAGAAUCCAGCUGCCGUGAAGAUUAGCCCAUGGACACUAGCACGAUUAAAUGCAGAGGAUGUUUCAAAAGCUGCUGCUGAAGCAAGGAAGAAAUCGAAAGUUCUUCAGCCAGUGGUGAGAAACAAAGAACCUUACAUUCUUGAAACAAAUAGCAGUUUAGGAAGUAGCGGGCGUCGCAUGGUGCCUAGGCUUGAUAACAAUAGAAGGAGAGCUAGUAAACGAGUUAGACUCCCUGCAGAGUUACCCUUUGAAACCAUGAGUAAAAUUCCCAAUGAUAUAGCUCAAAACAGCAGAAGGCCCAUGCUAACUGAGUCAUCAAGCAGUUUAGCUCCCCUUCAGCUUGAAGCACGGAGUGAUUUCCGAACAACCCGAGGACUGUCCACCUCAGGUGUUGUUGUUGCUUCUUCACCUGAGAGUAGUUUGGACUCUCCUGACAUUCACCCACUCCGGAUGUCAUCCUCAGGAGUUGAAGAUGCUGCACGUCUUGUAGGUCACCUAUCAUCUGGAAUGACUCUUCAAAAGGAUACACCAUUGUCUAGAUCAACUAGUGAUGGAUACGAGGCAUCUGGUGGGGAGGAUAGUGAUCGUGUGCCUACCCGAAUUGUGCAAAGGUCAACAAGGUGGAGUAGCAUUCUUUUUGGUUCUGAUCAACAAGAUGAUAGAGUCAGAAGAUUGAUGGUCCCGUCUUCAUCAACCCAGGCUAACAUCAGGAAGCAUUGAGCCUCCAAACAUACUUGGGAAUCUUCUGUAAGCUCUUGAAGCUACAUGAUCUGUUGACGUUUCUUAAUUUGUUGAUGAUGUUUGUCCAGUAGUAUAUACCAUCAACUUGGCCUGUUCCAUUGUCCAUUGAGUUCAAUUUUUGGAUUUUUGGGUGAGAGAAGUGCUGUAAAUGUCUAGUGGAAAAAACAUUAUGUCUAUUCUCUUGUCCUCAAAAUGCAGCAUUCAAUGAUCACUUCUUGCUGCCAUCACUUAGAAGUGGGUUUCUACUUUAACUAGUUUUUGGGGUGCCUUCA